CGUUAAUCCCCGUCCUUCUCUGAAGUCUUUCGUCAUCAGUCCUGGAGUGGCUUCAGCGGCCGACUCGCUUCUCGUCCCCGGGCUCGCGAUGCGCUCCACUCGGCGAUAAGGGAGACGCUCCUCCACGUCCUCCGCGCCGCUGAAGCUGAGCCCGGGCUUCGGAGUCAUGAGGAACCCGCUGGAACCCGUCGCUCUGACGUUAUGUCUCUUCCUGGAGACUGUAGAAGCCAAAAAGCACUGCUGGUAUUUCGAGGGAGGUUACCCCAUAUACUUCAUAUGCCGCUCUUACGAGGACUGCUGCGGGACGCGCUGCUGCGUGCAGGCGCUCUCCAUCCAGAGACUCUGGUACUUCUGGGUGCUGCUAAUGAUGGGCGUGCUCUUCUGCUGCGGCGCCGGGUUCUUCAUCCGUAGGAGGAUGUAUCCGUCCCCUCUCAGAGACGAGCCGGCCUUCAACGUCUCCUUCACCAGACACCCUGUCAACUCUCCAGUGUCCCAGCAGCCUGGAAGCAUGCCUGGCUUUGGGGUCAACGGGAUGACGGGGGGCGACCCGGCGCUCGCCAUGGCACACCCGGCGUACCUGGCUCAGCAAGGCUCCGCCCACAUGAUGAUGAGCUCCUAUCCUCCACCUCCGUCCUACUGCAACCAUCCGCCGCCGUCCUACGACCAGAUAUUUCACAACAACGACAAGAAGUGACGCGCCGGCUGCGGCGGCGGCGGGAGGAUGAGGACUGAACUGUGACUCCCACUGUCGCCUGCCGGGACUGGAGCGGGUCUUAGAUUCAUUCCUUCACGGUCUCAUCUAGUCUCAGAUUUCCGGGAUGUUCGUGAUGACGCUGCAGCCUUGUUGGACUGACGAGGACGGACCUGGAAUCACCCCGACAACCCUGCACCAUGUACCCCCUCCCCCACUCAUGAUGCAUUAAAAAGCAGUUGGUCUCAGUGGAACCUUGUUUCUCUUACUCUCCGCUGCGUGAGAUGAUUAGAACAUUCUCCUCAACAUGACUCAUAACGAAAUGAUGAGUUAUGGAUGCAUAUUUUAUGACUGGACUAUGUGUGUGUUUUCUUGUACUUCUAUCUUUGUGAGUACCUGUAUGCGUUUUUAAUCAAGAGAGUGAGGACAUUUUGGCUGGUCCUCACUUUGUCAAGUCUCAUUCCGAGGGUUAAAACUACAAAAUAGCUCGGUUAAUAACAUUGGCUUUUAGUUUGGUUAAGAGUAAAGGUUAAGUUAACCAUUUGUUUUAGAUGGUGAAGUUUAGGGUGAGAGGCUGGGGAAGGGCUUAUGUCAGAGGUGGGCAGUUAAAUUUCCUAAAGGGCCACAUUACAAACUGUGACUGUUGUGAGGGGCCAUCAUGCCAAAAGAAAGGUGGCGAUGACUAUGAUUCAAAGGAAGCAAGGAUAUAUAUGCAUCUGUAAAUGCAUCAUAUUAUAUAAAUCCUAAUAAAACUAUGGACCAAACAUCUAAGAUAAAAAGGCAAUUUAUUUCUAAAUAUAUUUAGAAUUUUCUUUCAAACGAAUUUUGAGGAAAAUACCGGAAACAAGAUAUAAAAACGAUGACUUAUAAGUCGUAUAAUUUUUUUGUCUGACCUCAUGAGGGCCACAAAAACACAGCCAAAGGGCCGCAUAUGGCCCCCAGGCCAUCCCUGUUCCUCUCUCCUUCUUUUUAAAGCCAUGAGAAACCACCUUGUCAUCCGACUGAGGUUUUGGCAGGUGUGAAAGCCAAACUAAAUAUGAAACAAAAUGUGUCCGACUCUACUCAAUUUAAACAAAAAGUGAUCAAUAUCAACUCAGACAUUUGACCACGGAUCGACCCACUGCUGUCCUGAAAAGCUCCAACCUGUCUAGAGACAGCUUCAGUUCGCGCUGUUCAUGGCUUCCAAAUAAAACUUGUGGUAAAAGGUCACUGUUGCUGUAAAUCUAUUACAAAAACGACCUGAAUUCAAUACAAAGGUUUAACUUCAUGAUCAUGACUAUAAAUAGAGCUUGCUUUUCCUCAAAUGUCAACUGACUUCCUCUUAAUAACUUCAUAAGAAACUGAAUUUAAAAGCAGAACACGUCAGCCAAUAUGUCCACACCCACCGUCCUGCUCUCGUCCGAGGUCGAGUCACGGGUCAGUUGACAUCUAUGGCGUCAGAUGAUGACCAACCAUUAACAGGACUUCUGGGUCCAAUGCUAGGCGGAUCAAAGGAGUCAUAUACUCUGCUUUAUUUUGACGUCACUUGGUUAAUAAAGCACCUUGUGUGACCAUGCGUUAUAUACCAAGUGGCUUAUGACUGAAUAUCAAAAGCGUGAGGAUCGCCACCCCAUGGCUAAACCCAGCGACACGUCACAACAGGAAGUGCCGUACCAGGCGUAAUGUGCGUCGGUUGAAUACCUAGAAUGUCAACUUGACAAGCGGACCUGUACACUGGAGGAAAGUCAUGUUUGACUGCAGUAAGGGGGCGCUAACACUAGGAUUCUGAUCCCCAACUCC